AUGUGCAACAUUUUAAAUGUUGGGGGCGAGCCGAUCUUUGAUGAUCGCAUUGUCAAGAUUGAAACUCACACGUACAAUCCGUAUGUGAACACAACAUUUGAUCACAGUGAUGAGAUACGCAUAUCUAUACAACAGCAGGACUUGUACACUUUACCGUGUCAAAGUUUUCUUUACGUCGAAGGAAAAAUGACGUUAACGACGAAAGACGAAGAAGAAGUAUUUCUGGGUAAUAAUUGUGUGGCUUUUAUGUUUGAUGAGAUUCGUUACGAACUCAAUGGUAUGGAGAUUGAUCGGAAUAAAAACGUUGGAAUAACUAGCACGAUCAAAAACUAUAUAUCGCUAACACAUGAUAAAAGCAUGGCUAUGAAGAAUGCUGGUUGGGAUAUUAAACAACAUGUAGACGUAGAUAGUUACUUUACUUUCUGCGUACCACUCAGCAUGUUAUUAGGAUUUUGUGACGACUACAAACGUACGGUUAUCAAUGCACGUCAUGAACUAAUUUUAAUACGAUCGCGCAACGACAAAAACUGCAUAACAGCAAUCUCUCAAGUAGAUCGUGAGGCAUUGAAUAGAAACAUUGAAUUAUUCAAAGUGCAAUGGCGAAUGCCACAAGUAGUAUUGAACGAUGUCACGAAGCUCUCACUACUACAAACUCUGGAAAGCGGGCGGUAUUUGACCAUGAGUUUCCGUUCAUGGGAUCUCUAUGAGUUUCCAUUAUUACAAAGCACUACUAAACAUUCGUGGGCCGUAAAAACGGCGACACAACCUGAGAAACCGAGAUACGUCAUAUUUGCGCUACAGACUGCUCAAAGAAACGAUAUGUCAGCAGAUGUCACGCGAUUCGAUCACUGUCAGUUGACCAACGUAAAACUUUAUCUCAACUCUGAAUUCUAUCCUUAUGACGACUUGCAUUUAGAUUUUGAUAGAAANAAAUAUGCCNUUCUGUACNAUAUGUACACAAAUUUCCGUAAAACGUACUACGGAUGUGGUGUUGUCGUACCAUUUCUCACGAUUUACAAUUUUCUGCAUUGUGGUCCUUUAGUGGUCAUUGAUUGCUCGCGUCAAAACGAGGCUAUAAAAAGUGCAACCGUCAAUGUGCGGAUUGAAUUCGAUUGCAAAGACAAUAUACCGGCAAAUACUACAGCCUAUUGCCUCAUUUUGCACGAUCGUAUGGUUGAAUACAAUCCGUUAACCAACGUAGUNCGCAAAAUUACAUAA